CCCCAUUCCUACCUUUCUUCUCCUCCACCUCGUCAGGCACCCUCAAACCCUCGCCGCAAGAAAGAAGAGGUCAAUCAAAUCGAACCAAAACCUCCCGACCCCACAAGGCCAAGCUCAUUUCCAUGGUGGUGUACACGCAGGAACAUGUGUACCGGCACCCGUGGGACCGGGUGACAGCGGCGGCGUGGCGCAAGUUCACGGAUCCGGCCUCCUGUACGGCGCUCUCCCACGUCGCAGACGUUCACACCCUACACCGCCGCCUCGACUCCGACACGGGCCGCCUCCAGGCCGCGCGCUCCAUCACCGUGCGGUCCCCGCCGCUCCCUUUCGUCCUGCGCCGACUCCUCCCGUCCGCCGCGGCGUCCCCAAACGGCGCCGCGCUCUGCCACUGCGUCGAGACCUCGCUCGUGGACGCCCAGCGCCGCGCCAUGGACGUCGUCGUGCGCAACGUCAGCCUCCGGGGCCUCAUCGAGGUCGAGGAGCGCGCCUCCUACAGACCACAUCCGGACCGGCCCGACGACUGGACGCAGUUCAGGCAGGAGACCACGAUCCGGUGCCGCCCGCUCGCGGCCCUCGCCGCCGUCGCUGAGAAGGUCGAGACCCGGUGCGCCGAGAGGUUUCUGCAGAAUAGCGCCAAGGGGAGGGAGGUCGUCGAGCGGAUCUGCCGGUACCUCGAGGCCGAGUCCGCCGGCGCCGCGCCCUCCGUAACCUGAUCUCGUUUGCACAUCUUUGCUUGAUCCGAACGGAUCCAAGGGUUCCUCGAUCUGUGCUGUGUGCGCCCGGAUAAAUCGAACCCCGCCUGCUAGGCGCUUGCUUUUCUUCAUUUUUUGUGUGUGAAAUGAUGAGCUGAAUUCGGAAUAGAAUAAAGCUUCUGGUCAUACUUGUUUCUUCUGUUGUAAGUAUGUGGAACCGCUUUAACCUCCCUGAUUUUGAUCAUGAGCCUUGCCAAAUUCUAAUUUGCUAAUAAAUUUAAAUGCUAUG